UAUUUUCCAAUUUUUUAAAAACCAAUGAAUUUUCCUCUCAGUGUAUGCCCGCUCUCUUUCAAUAUCCAAAACAGGUUGUCCAUUCGUCUGGUCGAAAUUCGCUUUCAGUUCAAUUGCGGAGCAACCAUGACAACAACGCUCCCGGAGAAGGCGACAGAAAAGGAGACGGAGCAGGAGGCCCGGGAACGGGCUGCUAAGGCUCUGGAGGAUCAGCGGGAGCGUAAGAUCUACGAGAACUUUGCCACACCUUUGGCGGGCACCUUCCUCAAUCUGCCCCGCGAACCCGUGGAGAUCAAGUGCCCCGCCUGCGGCAUCAAGGAUCUGAGUGUGGUCCAGAACGAUCUCAAGUGGUGGGCCAGUGAAAUCAAUCGCAUUGUGGGCUGCCUUUUUGUGACCUGUUGCUGCUGCUGUUGCUUCAACUACUAUGUGCCCUGCAAGCAAACGGACAGGAGUCACUAUUGUGGAAACUGCGGCUGCUACUUUGGGCGUUCUAUGAAGCGGCGGGCACCACUGAAAUUAAAGGCAACCACCGACUAAUUUUCACAUUUUUCACAUAUUUUCCAAAAAAAAGGAACAGGCAAGAAAACACCCACCCACUGCGAGACUAUAUGAGACGAAAAUA